AUGGAGAAGCCCGCCCUCCGCUCGUCCCGGAAGGACACUUUGUUGAGUCGCCGGUUCAUCGAAGGCUUGAUUGCAGAGGGCAAGCAUGUCAUCAUCUAUGAAGGUCGCGUCCUCAAGGUAGACGCCUGGAUCAAAUACCACCCCGGCGGAGACAAGGCGAUCAAGCACAUGGUCGGCAGGGAUGCAACGGACGAGAUCAAUGCAUUACAUUCUAAGGAAGCUACCGAGCGCAUGCCUUCCUACCAGAUCGGACGGAUUGAAGGCCUCUGGUCCAACUUCCUUCCCCCGAUUCAAGGCGGCAAGUUCCGCCUGUACACAGACGACGCAUGCUCGAGUGAGGAGGACUUGAGCAGCCGAGACAACUCUAGCCAGGAUGGAUCCCUUCCGCCUUCCCCAAUCUUUGAUGCGAUCGAUUCGAAGCCCGUUCGCCGCAGAAACGCAUCGCAAGGAACCGACAAUUCUAGUUCUACUCCUGCAACUCAAGACUCCCAGCCGAAGCCGGCCUUCCUGGACGCUCGAACACAAAAGGAAAUUGACUUUGACAUUGCCAAAUACCCUUCGCUGGAUACUACAAACCAGGAAAGCAUCAAGCAGAAAUACCGCGCCCUACAUGACCAUUUCCAAGCCGUGGGCCUGUUCAAAUGCAACUACUUCUCCUACUUUAUCGAACUCUGUCGAUAUACACUCCUCGCAGGCCUAUCAUACUUCUUUCUUCAAAUUGGCUGGUGGGCCAGUUCCGGAUUCUUCCUCGGAUGCUUCUGGCAACAGCUUGUUUUCACAGCCCAUGAUGCCGGCCACAUGGGUAUCACACACAAUUUCCACAUCGACACCACAAUCGGCAUCAUAAUUGCUGACUGGAUUGGAGGACUAAGUCUGGGAUGGUGGAAGCGGAGCCACAAUGUGCACCAUAUUGUCACCAAUGAGCCCGAGCACGACCCCGACAUCGAGCACAUGCCCUUCUUCGCCAUUUCCCACCGCUUCUUCACCAGUCUCCAGAGUACCUACUACGACCGGCAAAUGACCUUCGACGCCCCGUCCAGAUGGAUGCUCAAGAUUCAGAACUACUCAUACUACCCCAUCAUGGCGCUGGCCCGCUUCAACCUCUACCGCCUUAGCUGGGAAUACCUGUUGAAGGGCCAGGCCCCAAGGAAGGGACCUGCUUGGUGGCACAUCUACUUCGAGAUCGCUGGCCAGAUUUUCUUCUGGUACUGGUAUGUCUACCUCGUGCUGUACAAGUCGAUUCCGGACGCUAGCAGCCGCUUCAUCUUCCUCAUGGUGUCUCACAUCGUGUCCUCGCCCUUGCAUGUGCAAAUUACACUAUCCCACUUCGCCAUGUCCACUGCCGACCUGGGUGUUCACGAGUCCUUUCCCCAGAAGAUGCUUCGCACCACUAUGGAUGUUGACUGCCCUACCUGGCUGGAUUUCUUCCACGGUGGGCUCCAGUUCCAGGCAAUUCACCACCUCUACCCUCGCAUGCCACGCCACAACCUUCGUCGCGCCCAGAAGCACAUUCUGGAAUUCUGCAAAGACACAGGUAUCCCCUAUGCCAUUUUUACCUUUUAUGAUGGAAACAAGGAAGUCAUCGGCCGGCUAGGUGAUAUUGCAAAGCAGGUCCGUCUCAUGGAGGAGUGUCGCAAGUCAAUUGCGCAGGAGGGUGUCUUUUCGCAUCACCAGUAG